AUGGCUCAAGAAGUUCCUACUUUCAAAUUAGUUUUAGUCGGUGAUGGUGGUACUGGUAAAACCACCUUCGUUAAAAGACAUUUAACUGGUGAAUUCGAAAAAAAAUAUAUUGCAACUUUAGGUGUUGAAGUUCAUCCAUUAGGUUUCCAUACUAAUUUUGGUGAAUUAAAAUUCGAUGUAUGGGAUACUGCUGGUCAAGAAAAAUUUGGUGGUUUAAGAGAUGGUUAUUAUAUUAAUGGUCAAUGUGGUAUCAUUAUGUUUGAUGUUACUUCAAGAAUUACUUAUAAAAAUGUACCAAAUUGGCAUAGAGAUUUAGUAAGAGUUUGUGAAAAUAUUCCAAUUGUAUUAUGUGGUAAUAAAGUUGAUGUUAAAGAACGUAAAGUUAAAGCAAAAACUAUUACAUUUCAUAGAAAGAAAAAUUUACAAUAUUAUGAUAUUUCAGCAAAAUCAAAUUAUAAUUUUGAAAAACCAUUUUUAUGGUUAGCUAGAAAAUUAGUUGGUAAUCCUCAAUUAGAAUUUGUUGCUUCACCAGCUUUAGCUCCACCAGAAGUUCAAGUUGAUUCUGACUUGAUGCAAAAAUAUCAACAAGAAAUGGAACAAGCUACUGCUUUACCAUUACCAGAUGAAGAUGAUGCUGAUUUAUAA